AUGGCGACAUCGCUUGUACGAUCGGGUUUUCUUAGAACCGCCCUACGUGGAGGCGCUCGUGGCUCCCAGGUUUCCAAGCGAAACUUUUCUUCCGCCGGUCAUCACGAUGAUGCUUAUGAGACGGCCAAAUGGGAGAAGAUUACAUAUCUAGGCAUUGUCAGUUGCACUGCUUUAGCCCUUUAUAAUCUAUCAAAGGGCCAUCCACACACUGAAGAACCUCCUGCAUACCCGUAUUUGCAUAUCCGCAAUAAGGAAUUUCCAUGGGGUCCGGAUGGGCUAUUCGAAACCAAGAAGCACCACUAG